AUGGGUCUGACGGGAUUGACCGUCGAUAUACCUUCAUCCACAUCCAAGCGACCAGACGAGAAACGGCCGGCAGCAAGAUGGUCUAGCUUCGAGUUCAAAGUUUACUAUGCUUUAGCAUGCAUCGUUAUACCCAUUAUGGUUUGGAUACCCGUGUCAUUGAGCUCGCCCUCUAACCCUAAUUACCCAUUCUAUCAAAUGCGGCUGUCGAACGGCUGGCUAUUCGGACGUCGUAUCGAUAACAGUGACGCGCAAUACCGCUCCUUUCGAAACAACUUACCCCCUUUACUCAUCGGCGCCCUCGCCUUCCUCCUCUCCAAGUUCCUAAGGGUCCACUACGCCACAGUGAACCCAGGCAAUAAUCUAUACCUCAUCCCAUUCAAUGUGGGCUGCUCGCUCGUCAUGAUCCUUGCAUUGCACGGGACGAGUGCCUUGAAAGUCCUCGCGAUCGUUUCUGCGAAUUAUGGGAUUGCGAAGAUGUGUCGGGGGAGUAGAGCUGGGCCGGCGUUGACGUGGAUGUUUAACGCUGCUGUGCUUUUUUUGAAUGAACGGUAUGGAGGGUAUAGGUUUGGGGAUAUGAUCCCUGGUUUGGAAUACCUCGAUACCAUACAAGGAGCCUAUCCCCGCUGGCACGUCAGCUUCAACAUCACGAUGCUCCGCCUCGUCUCGUUCAGCAUGGAUCACUACUGGGCAUGUCAACCACUACGCUCCCCCUCCUCCGAAGAUACAGGCUCCGCCCAGCUCUCGGAAAAACAGCGCCAAUCGAUGGCGCAUCCCGAGGGGAUGUACUCGUACAUGAACUAUAUCGCCUAUGUUCUCUAUCCACCGCUGUACAUCGCUGGGCCCAUCAUGACGUUCAAUGAUUUCAUAUGGCAGCACCGCCGUCCAACGCCCAUAUCAACACAAACAACGAUAAAGUACCUCCUCCGCUUCGUCGUUUCGUUUAUGACGAUGGAGUUCAUCCUCCACUUCAUGUACGUCGUCGCUAUUAAAGAUAGGAAAGCGUGGGUUGGGGCUAGCCCCGCGCAGAUCAGUAUGAUUGGGUUUUGGAACCUUAUGAUCGUUUGGCUCAAGCUUCUGAUACCAUGGAGGUUCUUCCGCUUAUGGGCGCUCAUGGACGGGAUCGACCCACCUGAGAAUAUGGUCAGGUGUAUGGCGAAUAAUUAUUCGACGUUGGGGUUUUGGAGGAGUUGGCAUAGGAGUUAUAAUCUUUGGGUUAUUCGAUACAUCUAUAUACCCCUAGGCGGCGCCAACAACGUGGUGGUGAACACCGUUUUGGUGUUCUCCUUCGUUGCGCUGUGGCAUGAUCUUACGUUUAGACUCCUGGCGUGGGGAUGGCUGGUUAGCUUGUUCAUCAUACCAGAGUUGUGUGCUGUGUAUUUGUUGCCUGCGUCCAAGUUCGGACAAAGGCCAUGGUACAGACACGUCUGUGCCCUUGGGGCCGUAUUUAACAUCAUGAUGAUGAUGGCUGCCAAUUUGGUAGGGUUCGUUGUUGGUGUUGAAGGGGUUUCGUUCUUCGCUAAGCAGCUUUUUGGGACGGUUGAAGGUGUGCGAUUUCUGGUCGGAGUUGUGUUUUGCUUGUUUGUGGGUGCUCAGUUGAUGUUUGAGUAUCGGGAGGAGGAGAUGAGGAGAGGGAUUUUUAGGAGGUGUUAAUCAGGUUGUUGGUUGUGAGCCUCAGCGGCGAAUAAACUGGAUUUUGGAUUUU